UAUACUGGAGCUUGGUUCGAGCUGGAACGUUUUCCGACUUUCUAUGAGCUGGGCAGCAUAUGUGUCACUGCCCAUUAUGGCGAAGCUGGUGAUGAUAUCAUCAGUGUCAGAAACGAAGGAGUGCUCGAGUUCAUAUUGGGCCGUAUUACCAUCUAUUUCCCGAUGGACAUCGUAGGCCAUGCCGUAGUCCCUGACUCUGACGAGCCUGCUAGACUGAGGGUCUCCUUCUUUGGAGACGACGACGAGGAGGAAGAUCCCAACUAUUUGGUUGUCGACACGGACUACGAAACUUUUGCAGUUGUCUUCUCCUGUCGACCGAUCUAUACAAUCUUCAACAUGCAGAUGGCCUGGAUUCUGACCAGGGAAGCAGAUGCUGUACCCGCCAACAUUGACGACUUGAAGGACGCGCUGACUGAUUUCCGCAUUGAUGUCUCACAUUUUCAAAAAACUCGCCAGACGAACUGCCCGUCGCGGAGAAGUAAAUGAUAAAACAAACAAACAAUAAACUAAAAAAAAACCGAAGUUUGCCAACUGUGUACGAAAUAAUUUUUAAAAAAAAUUACAGUAUUGCAUGUUAAGCCUAUGCACUUUUGCACUGAAUAAAAACUCAGAAUCAUUA